GGAAAGUAGCUAUAUCACCGGAUGAAAAUCUCUUGAUAACUACUAUUGGUGAUAGUGUCGAAGUAACUGAUCUUCAAAAUGGAAAGAAAGUGCUUCAUUUGAGUGGUGAUAGUGAAUUGAUUACUACCUUCGCGAUAACGCCUGAUAGUAACUACAUUGUUACUUCAAGUCGAAGUUUAAUUGUAAAAAUAUGGGACUUUAAAACAGGGCAAAUAAAAAAAUCUUUCAAAGCGCAUGAAGCUCCAAUAAUAGUAAUGGAUAUAGAUCCUACUUCUUCUUUAGUCGCUACAGGAUCUGCUGACAGUACAGUUAAAGUUUGGGAUAUUGAAGGUGGUUUUUGUACACACAACUUUCGAGGUCAUGGGGGCAUAAUUAGUGCACUCAAAUUUCAUUUGAGAGAUAACCGAUGGACAUUGAUUUCUGGAGCAGAUGAUUGUAAUAUACGUGUAUGGGAUUUACAGGAGCGAAAGUGUGUUGCUGUGUUAAAAAGUCAUGUUAGUGUGAUUCGUGGAUUAGAUAUGUCGAAUGAUGGUCGGUUUCUUAUUAGUGGUUCUCGAGACAAAGUUGUAAAUAUAUGGGACUUUGACAAAAAGAUUUUAUUGAAAACCUUUCCAAUCUUUGAGACAAUCGAAACAUUAGGGGUUUUGCAGCCCCACAUAAUGAUAAAUAAUAAGGAAGAGAAUUUUGAGGGAGAGUUAUUUUAUACUGGUGGUGAUAAGGGAAUCAUUAGAAUAUGGGACAUCAAAACUGGUAAACUUAUCCAAACUCAGGAACCAGAAAAGAAUACUAAGCACGUAAUAUCUGAUAUUAUAUAUCUCCGUAAAAGUAAUAUUUUGACUGCAAUCACCAGUAAUCAAAAUAUUCUAUUUUACCAAAUUACCUCUGGUCUUAAGCGUGUGAAGCAAAUUGUCGGAUAUAAUGAAGAAGUUAUUGACCUUGCAUAUGUUGGAAAAGAUGAAACACACAUUGCUAUUGCUACCAAUACAGAGCAAAUAAAUUUAUAUAAUAUUAAAUCUUUUGAUUUUAAUAUUAUAUAUGGCCAUACUGAUAUUGUUAUUUGCCUUGACAAAUCAUAUGAUGGAACUGUAUUGAUAUCUGGUUCUAAAGAUCACACGGCAAGAAUAUGGAAUAUCGAUGUAGAUAAUGAAAAUUUUGACAACCAAGUCAAUUGUUUAGGUGUAUGUGUAGGUCAUACUGCAGCAAUUGGGACUGUAGCUUUUUCAAAGAAAUCUUUAAAGUUUUGCCUCACUGGUAGUCAGGAUCGUACCAUAAAAUAUUGGGACUUGUCGCAUUUAGACCGGUCUAGAUCUGAUGAAAAUUUUAAACCAAAAGCCCUAUACACAAAUAAAGCGCAUGAUAAGGACAUCAACUCAAUAGCAGUUGCGCCAAACGAUAAGAUUUUUGCCACUGGCUCACAAGAUAAGAGCGUUAAGAUAUGGUCUAUCGCUGACGGGAAAUUACUUGGCACUUGUUCUGGACACAAACGCGGUGUCUGGUCUGUCCAGUUUUCACCAGUUGAUCAAACUAUAGCAACAAGCUCUGGAGAUAAAACCAUCAAAAUUUGGUCAACAACAGACUUUUCUUGCUUAAAGACCUUCGAAGGACAUACCAAUACUGUCUUGAAAGCUUCAUUCUUGACAUCUGGAACUCAAUUAAUAUCUUGUAGUUCAGACGGUCUUCUCAAACUUUGGACAAUUAAGUCCAAUGAAUGUAUUACUACAUUGGACAAUCAUACAGAAAAAAUAUGGGCAUUUACGGUACGCAAAGACGAAAAUGUAGUCGCGUCAGGUGGUGCUGAUUCUUUGAUAAAUUUGUGGGAGGAUUGCACCAUUGAAGAAAUGGAAAAACGUGUGAGAGAAGAAGAGGAACAAAUUUUAAAAGAACAGGAUUUGGCAAAUUAUUUGUUGAAGAAGGAUUAUAAAAAUGCAAUUAGUCUUUCCAUGUCUUUGAAUCAACCAUUUAGGUUACUGAAUCUUUUUACAGAAAUACUAGACAACCGAGCUGAAGGAGAUACUAGCAUCACAGGAUCUGAAUCUAUUGAUAAAAUUAUUGCUACUCUUUCAAAAGAAGAUAUUGAAAAGAUGCUUAUAUACAUCCGUGAUUGGAACACCAAUGCCAAAUAUUUUCGAACAGCACAAACGAUAUUACAUGCUAUCUUAAAAACAUUUUCAUCUGAUGAAUUAUUAGAAAUUAAUGGCAUAAAAGAGUUACUAGAUGGUUUGUUGCCUUAUACGGAAAGACACUAUCAACGGUUGGAGCGAAUGAUUACCGAUUCAUUUCUUGUUGAUUAUACAUUACAUUCAAUGAAUUAA